AAUGGGAAAAACAUAUUCACUCCUCAGAUACAGCUUUCCCAGCCACUUUGCAUCUAUAUAUUAGUUUUUGCCCUAUCAUCACCAGAUCAAGGAGGAGGGUUAAACAGUUUAAGAUGAGAAAAGUUGAUCUCUGUUUGAGCUCUGAAGGGACGGAAGUGAUUUUAGCUACAUCGAGUGAUGAAAAACACCCCCCUGAAAAUAUAAUUGAUGGGAACCCAGAAACAUUUUGGACCACCACAGGAAUGUUUCCCCAAGAGUUCAUUAUUUGUUUUCACAAACGUGUAAGAAUUGAAAGGCUUGUAAUCCAAAGUUGCUUUGUACGGACCUUGCAAAUUGAAAAGAGCACAUCUAAGGAGCCAGACAGUUUUGAGCAGUGGAUUGAAAGAGAUCUAGUACACACAGAGGGGCAGCUUCAAAAUGAAGAAAUUAUGGCAAAUGAUGGCCAUGCCACUUACUUGAGAUUCAUUAUUACAUCAGCCUUUGAUCAUUUUGCAUCUGUGUAUAGCAUUUCUGCAGAGGGAAUAGCAGUCUCAAAUCUUUCAUAAUAAUUAUAACAAAAUGCUUUUGUAUGUUUCUUAACAAUGUAUUUAUUUUAAAAUAAAGUUGCCACUGAUGUACUUUA